AUGACUGCUUCACGACCUGCUAGCCUAGCGCUUAUGCCUCCCGCUUCUGCGACGACGAAUCCGACUUCACCUCCCUCAUUACGAGAAAUCCUUACGAACACCGCACAACCACCUUACACACUGAGCGCCUUUACCGCCUUCAUGUCACAAAACCACUGUCUUGAAACCCUCGAAUUCACCAUGGACACAGAGCGCUACAGGGCUGCCUACAAUGAGAUGAUGGAGGCUGGUAACGACUCGAAGGAGGCUGUUGAAUACGUGACCAAUCUCUGGAGGAAACUCAUGAAUGCUUAUAUUCGGCCAUGCGCUCCUCGUGAGGUCAAUCUUCCAGCACAUAUCCGGGACCGCCUUCUGUCGAUUUCUGUUACCAGCACCGCCCCGAACCCAUCCGAGCUCGAUGCUGCUGCGAGGAUAACAUAUGAACUCAUGAACGACUCAGUUCUUGCUCCGUUCAUUGCGUCGGUUAAUGCUGCCGCCGAAGCUGCGGCGGCUACUGAAGUGCAAGAACGGCCAGCACGUUCGUGGUUCAGGUUAGCCAAAGAGCCAUCGAGCUCUACCGAGUCAGGGCGGUCACCGAGGACAAGCUUUCUGCCUAUGCUCAACAUCCCUCGGCCAAGCGAUCUUCCGAAGAGCUCUGCAUCGUCAACAAGCGACCUCGCAGAGCGUGGUGGGCUAUCAGAUGAUAGUGGCAACCCCCCAUCAUUAAGGGAUGAGCCAAUCACCCCUCCUGUGACCCCACCGACCACAGACUGGGCAUUCAACGUCUCCCCUGGCGGGCUUCAUAAAGCCAGCUUGAGUUGGAAGAAGAUGGGCGCGAAGCUCGGCCUGAACAGGAUGGGUCGUAGCAAACAUGCACAAAGGGCGAGCGUCACCUCGGCUGCUCUUGGACUCGAGGUCAUGCCGAAUUCUGAAACCACCGUUGUUGCCUCCCUAGAACAAUCAUCUUCAUCAGACGCUGUUUCGAAGACGAAUACCACGACCAAUGAGAACGCAUGCCCCGAGGUUUACACGGUACAUGCGUUGCCCAACAAGUGGGAGGAGCCACACCCUGGUCAGCGGUACCUCUACACGCUCGCAGAGGACGCGCUCCCGGUGCCCGAUGCCUGCAAUCACUGUUGCAACGGUGGCGGUAAGGUCGGCAUGGCCGCAAAGUCGUAUGCGCUAUACUCCAGCCGCGGGUCGGCGGCUCGAGCACGGCGCUUUGCCCGGCCCAGAUUUCGUUACCCAGCAUCUCGCCUCAAGGGGUUUAGAGGUGAGCCCGGCAGCACACACUCGGACUCGUCCUCGGCUCGAUUCUCAGUCCACACAGUGGACAGCAAUAUCACGAAUAACACCACGAGCACGACCCCGACGCUAACUGCCUGUCUGGCCAACUCCCCUGGGUUCCCUCUCAGCCCUCUUCCCAAUUACGGCACCUUCCCCUCUAUUAACGACCCCAACCCCUCCAAGCGCCAACGCCUUCCCGUCCGCCUAACCCUCCACGACGUCUCGGGUUACCUCAAGGUUGGCGGCCCUCCGACCCCGUCGACCAUCACCGCGAUCCAUCACGAGAACUGCUCGACUGUCACCGUCAACGCUGACCGCAGCUCGUUCGUGUCACUCAACAUGGUUGACGCGGACGCAGCAUCGCCGCAGCAGCCGUCGCCUGAGGCCUCGGCCCUGAUGCCGCAGGCCGAUCCGUACGGAUGGGAUGCCGAGCUGCAAAAGCGGCUGGCGAAGCAUCAUUACGAUCACAGACACCCAGGUCCAGUUGGCGGUGACUGCUGUUCGAGUGCUGUUGUUGGCGGGCAGAACUGCUCUAGGACGACAUCCGGGAGUUCGGGGACCUCAGGCGGGAAGAAGAGCCUGUUACAGAAGGUGCUCAGCUUGGCCUCGGGGAGGGACUUUAGAGGGGUGUUACCAUGA